UGUACUUCCGGCGUGGAACCGGAAGAAGGGAGGAACGGUAGUGCACUGCUGUGGAGAGCAUGGCGAAGGAGGCUGGCGGAGGGCACCGACCGGGGGCCUUGAAGCAGCAGAAUAAGCCUCACAAGGCCGGGAAGCACCGAGGGAACAACGCCAGGAGGCAGGGCGGCAGGAUCCCUGCAAAGACACUCAGCCAGCAGCAGCGCCGCAACUUGGCCAAGUUGGACCGCAAGAACCGCGCCUGGCAGCUCCGGCAGCAGCGCAGGGAAGCGGUGCUGGAAGAGAAGCGGAACCUGGGCCGCAAGGAUGGGCCGCCGCACCUGGUGUUGGUGGUGCCGCUGCACAAAAACAUCAUCACCCAACAUGCCUUGAAGUUGUUCCAGAGCGAUGGAGCAUCCGUUGUAUGCCAAACUGAGGUGGGCCCACCAGGCUUUGCCUUGCUCUGCCCGCGAUUCAAGCUACGGUGGCGUUUUGUGGUGGCCGACACAGGGAACCUCCAUACUGUGCUGGACCUUGCCAAGGUUGCUGAUACACUCCUCUUUGUGCUGGAUCCUCUGGAAGGCUGGGACGCUGCUGGGGAUCACCGCCUCUCCUGCAUCUUUGCCCAGGGGCUCCCUAGCUAUGGCCUUGCUGUUCAGGGUCUUGCUGGCCAGCCACUGAAGAAGCAAAUGGAGUGCCGGAAAAAGCUGAGCAAAGCCAUUGAGAAGAGAUUCCCUGAAGCCAAACUCUUUCCCCUCAACACGGAGCAGGAGUCGGCGCUGCUCCUCCAACACCUCGCCAGCCAGAAGCAGCGCCACUUGGCCUUCAGGGAGCGGCGCCCCCACCUACUGGCGGAGGCUGCCGAAUUUGUGCCCAGCUCAGACAGUGCCUUGGUGGGGACCCUGAAGGUGUCUGGCUAUGUGAGAGGGCAACGUCUAAACGUGAACAGCUUGGUGCACAUCGUGGGACAUGGGGACUUCCAGAUGAGUCAGAUGGAUGCCCCCAGGGAGCCCUUUGUGCUGAACCCCCGUGUCGCCAAAGCAGCACCAAGGAGGAUGGGGGAGCAGGAUGAGAUGGUCAGUGCAGUAGAUGAAAUGGAGGAGGAUGUGAAGGUGUUGAGCAAGGCUGACCCGAGCAAGCAGGAGUUGCUGCAGUCAGAAGUAGUUCCUGAUCCCAUGGAUGGAGAGCAGACCUGGCCCACAGAGGAAGAGCUGAAGGAGGCGGAAGAGUCGCUUGAGCAGAGCAAGAAAACAUCCAAGAGGGUCCCCAAAGGCACAUCUGCCUACCAGGCCGCCUGGAUCCUUAAUGACGAAGAAUGGAAAAACGACAGUGAAGAGGAGGAAGAAGAUGAAGAGGAUGAAGGCAAUGAUCUUAUGGAAGAGGCUGUCUCCCAGGAUGGGAGCAGCAGUGAGGAAGAGGAAGAAAUCACUGAGGAAGAAGAAUGUGAUACCAUAACACUUCCAGAGGUUGAUCAAGAGGAUGAGAAGAUGGAGGAAGACGAGGCAAUGCUGGAGAAGUACAAGCAGGAACGGCAGCAGGAGAUGUUUCCAGACGAGGUGGACACCCCUCGGGAUGUGGCUGCCCGGAUCCGGUUCCAAAAGUACAGAGGACUGAAAAGCUUCCGGACAUCUCCAUGGGACCCUAAAGAGAACCUGCCCAGGGACUAUGCCCGGAUCUUCCAGUUCCAAGAUUUCUCCCAGACGAGGAAGCACAUCUUCCGGCAACUGGAGAGAGAAGAGGGCGAGGGAGCUGAGGUGGGAUGGUACGUCACGCUUCACAUUGACCAUGUCCCCAUCUCUGUCAUGGAGAGUUUCCAACAAGGGGGUCCACUGGUGUUCUUCACGUUGCUACCGUAUGAACAGAAGAUGUCUGUGUUAAACUUCCUGGUGAGACGCCAUUCUGCUUACAGUGAUCCCAUCCGGUCCAAGGAGGAAGUCAUCAUCCACUGUGGGUUCCGUCGCUUCCGGGCCUCCCCUCUCUACUCACAACAUAGUACAGGAGAUAAGCACAAGCUGGAGCAGUUUCUGCGUGCAGACAUGGCCACAGUGGCCACUGUCUAUGCUCCCAUCACCUUCCCACCAGCUUCUGUGUUGCUGUUCAAACAGGAGAGUGAUGGAGUGCACAGCCUCCUGGCCACCGGCUCCCUGCUCAGCGUAGACCCCAACAGGCUGGUCAUCAAGCGGGUUGUGCUCAGCGGUCACCCUUUCAAGAUCCACCGGAAGAUGGCUGUUGUGCGCUACAUGUUCUUCAACAGAGAGGAUGUGUUGUGGUUCAAGCCAGUGGAGCUUCGGACAAAGUGGGGGCGGCGAGGACACAUCAAGGAGCCUCUGGGUACCCAUGGCCACAUGAAAUGUCAGUUUGAUGGGCAGCUGAAGUCCCAGGACACUGUCCUAAUGACCCUCUACAAGCGGGUCUUCCCCAAAUGGACAUAUGAUCCUUAUGUGCCAGAGCCACGCCGGAGGAGCAGAAGCCCCCUGUCAUUGCAAGAGGAGGAAGAAAUGGUCUAACAUCUGGCAAGGACCAUCCAUCCAAAAAAACGUUUGACUAAUCUUGCAUUUGGCUUGGUUCAUUUGUAUUUAUUGCAAAAGAGAAGUAUUCUUUCCAAGAGCUG